CUUUAGUUAUAAAUGUAAUGGGAAAAUAUCCAUUAAAGUUCUAUACAUACCUGGGACAUAAAAUCACACUACUAUAUAACUAAAUAUUUUAUCUGAUAAAAAUGAACUAUUAUGGAAGAUGAAUGCCGGAUAAUACGAUGUUUGCAUAUGACUUAUUACAUCACAGAUAACAGUGGAUGGACGUAAAAGAAACAUUGGCAGCCUUUAUAUAAUAGGAAUUAUUCAGGUCCUCAACAUGAACAUCUUUGGUACAGCUGGAAUGGUGUUCCUCAUCGUUCUCAAUAUUACAUUUGUUAUCCUAGGACUCGGUUUAAUCAUUGCUGGUGGCAUGUUACGAGAGAAAAGUGAGACUGUCAAUGAUAAAGUUUUACCACUUCUGAAUGAGAUAGGAAUUGGUCCUGGUUUUACAAUGGGAGAUUUGCUGGAAGCAAUAGCUAUACUUGUCAUAAUCAUUGGGAUAAUAGCCUUUACAUUAUCUACGAUCGGAGGUUUCGGAGCCUGUUGUAAAAACAGAGUAUUAUUAAUAAUUUAUGGAAUAGGAGUGGUCCUUAUUGGAGCAGCUGAGAUAUUUGUACUGAAAGCAUGGACUGAUUUAAAGAAAGAGUUAAAUGAAACGAUAAAGAGUACAUUGUUGAAACUGCUGAAAGAUUACGAGGGAAACACUGAGGAUAUUCUAACAAUUGCAUGGAAUUUUGUUUUUCUUCUGUUUGAUUGCUGUGGAGUAAAUACACAAUCUUCUGUUGACGAUUUUUCAACAACAACUUGGGCAUCAACAACACGUGGUACCGACGUCAUUCCUGGUUGGUGUUGUAAAGAAGCGAAAAUUGACACAGCAUCAUCACUGUAUGGUACAAACUGCACUAUUACUCCAACAAGUUCAAAUUCUUACUAUGAAACCGGAUGUUAUACGGCUAUAGAAAAGAUUUUAACUACGUACAGUACAACAUUUAUAUCAAUAUGUACACUCAUCUUACUGGUAGAGAUCCUUGCUGUUAUUUCUGCAGUUGUUAUGGUGAUUCAAAUAUCGAAUGACGUCAACUCAAAUAGACACAGAGAAGGCAUAGUAUUGCACAAUAUAAAUAAAACAAGUCCAACUGUAUGAAUGUUUCUUCUCAUGUAUCUAUUGAAUUGGAUUGUUAAACUUGUUAAAUUUGAUAUGAUAAGUAAAAUUAUACUUUUUAUUUGACGUGUUUUGAAUAUCUUUCAAGACAUAUGUGCUCUACCAAUGUGCGUGUAUGCUUUUUGGUGCUUUAAUUCGUGACCCGGUAGGACGUGUCACUACUGCUGCUUCGACAUUAAGAAGGACUUGUAAAGAGGGAUAGAGAAAAGACUGAAAGGUCGAUUCGUGUGAUAUGAAUGUAGAAAAUAUAUCCAUACGUUUACUCUGUUAUGAAAUAAAACAUAAUUCAUACUUAAGCGUCGGAAUGUCGCCUGUGUGAAACAGAGGAAAACAACAGGUUAGUCCUUAAAUCUAUUCCAUUAAGGACUCACCUUAAAAGGAGAAUAGUUCUUAAGAUUCUCAUUCUCAAAGAAAUUUGUAUAAGUGCUUAUCUUUUUUUUUUUCAAUCCCGGGAAUCAAUCGUAUUUUGUAUAAAACACAUGCAAGUAUUUCCAAAUAAAAUACUGUUUACAUUUAGUCUAGCUCAUAAUGAAACACAAAGACAAGCGUAAAGAUUAGCACACAUGUAGACUAAAAGUUUGGCAUUACAAACUCUACAUAAUUUAUGAUAUGCAUAUAUCAUUGCAAGUGGAUAUUCAAAAUUCAAGAUCCAGCAUUUCUUAUUAGAUCAAGUUAAUGGUAUAAAGAAUAAUGGUUGUUUCCCACUUGUUUCUUAUGUGUUUUUCACUGUUUGUAAAAUGGUUCUUACUUACUUUAUAUGCGCAUUAACGAGAUAAUUUCAUGCAUAUUAAUAAAUAAAUAAAUACAAAAAACAAAAUAAAUGAGAUAUAAUGUUAAACAUGUGUUUACAUUGAAUUCAGGUGAAUAGAAAUACAAUUGUUAAUCAUCAUAAAACAUAUUAAAGAGAAUGACUACAUUUGUUUUUUUUGUAGAUUUCCUCGUUUUUCUCGUACUAGUUUAUACAUAGUUGUAUAACUUUUUUUGUAAACUGGUGUUUUAACAUUUGUGCGUGAAUCUCUAGAGUUACAAAAAUCACAAUUUCUUUUGUUCUCUCAAUUCCACGCUAUCUAUCUGGUUGAAUAAGUAACUAUUGAUUACCUGUUUAGAAUCGGUAAUACGUUAUUUAAUAAAUCUGAAUAUUGUACAAAUUCAUGAAGAGAACAAUUAUAGGCAACAAUAAUUUACCGAUGUUCAAAUCUCAUUAAUCCAUGAAGAAAUAUAAAUCAAGUUCAAACAAAAUCGAUGGAAUCGCAUGAACUCAAAAAGGAGCGAGACCGGAUGAGUCGACUAGCCAUGUUAAGCUUUCAAAGCGUCUGAUAUAAUUUUAUGGAAGUUUGUAUUGUCUUACUUAAACCUUUACUUUUCAAUAUUGUAUGUUGCUUGAACCUUAGUCUUGGCUUGUAUUUUAAUAUGUGCUAGUCCCACUAGUAUUGUAUGGGAAUCAUCGAAGCAUAGUCGCUUGAAUACUCCUGUAAGCACCUUAUUAACGUCAUCGGAUUUGGGUAGUUUUAAUGCAUUUAUGCAAUAAAGGGUAGCCAGAAGAAGAAGUGUUGCUGCUUUGGUUCCUUUUGUCGGACAGUAAGACCUGUGUUGACUGUUUAGGGUUGGAGAUGACCCAACAAGCAGUCAUAAAUUUAGACGGCGAUGUUUCUUUGGCUCCAUCAUACGGUGUUUAUAUAUCCCAACUAGUUCGUUAUGCCCAUGUGUGUAGUGAUGUCAUAGAUUUUAACUAAUCGUAAUCAAUGCAUGUCUGUUAAAUUAUUAAGUCAGAGAUUUCGUUACCAUAAAUUACUUAAAACAUUAACUAAAUUCUUUCAUAGAUACACAGGUUUUAUUAGUUAAUUUGGCUGUACUUGUAGAAAACUUAUUAAAAACGUUAUUUCACAUCCUAAAUUUUACAGUAAUAUUGUACUAAAAGCGCGGAAAUCACUAUGUGAUCCGUGUAAACUCAUCAACCAUUUAAACAAACUUAUUAGAAAAGGUUAUCUUAUUAAUUUUGUAAUAAGAUCUAUGAAUAUUGUUUACAUUGGCACUAACAUCGAUUUUGUCAUCAACAAAUUAAAAAUUACUAAAUUUGUAUUCUUUUCGAAUGGUUUUUGGGAUGUACAAAUACACAUCCACGCUAAUUGCAAUUGUCUAUUAUAAGGUUAAAUCAUAACGAUCCUACUGCCUGUCGAUACUUUUAUUUUGGCAUUGCACAAGUCAUGUCUUCUUUGACUGUCCAUGGCGUUAAAACACUAAAUCCCUGGGAUGUAUUUUAAUUGAUUUUAGUCUCUGAUGCAAGAUUUUUAUUGUUUACUGUUUUUGGCUUUUAACUACCUUUCAGUAACUGCAAGUACUCUCAAAUAGUACUUUCGUGUUUAUUUUACCUGUUGACACAAUUUGUAAUGCAUUUCUGUAAUUCAGUGUUUACUUAUUUUGUGUUAUAUUUCUUCUCACUAUUUUUAAAAUGUACCACCUUUGAUAAGUAUUUAGUAUGACGAUAGAUUUUCACUUCUGUACUUGUACUCUGAACAACAACUUUAUUAAUUUUGUAAAAAAUGUUUACUUCCGUACUCCUAACAACACAAUUAUUAUAUUUAUAUUUACCUG